CCAGGGGAGUCAGUAUUCCUCACCAUAUUCCUUCAUAACCUUGAAUCCCUGCAGAUCCAGGAGAAGCAGGAGUGCCGGAGGCUGGAGAAGGUGGAGAGGGACCGGGCUGAGGCCAAGCUGGAGGCCGAAAUAAGAAACUAUAACCCAUGGGGCCGGGGAGGGUGCGGCGCACCCCUUAGAGACACCCGAGGGGACCUGAUUACUGACCUGAAGCAUAUGCACAGGCAGAAUGAGGAAGCUUGGCUGAACCCCGAGACCUCUCAGAAAAAAGCCACAGUCACCAGGCCCACCCAGAGAGAGGACAGACUGCCUCCCAUCGACACAGUCUCAGGUUUUGCCCCUGUCCAGACCUCCAUGUAUGCCAGAGGAAAUGUGUUUCCUAACCAGCCAACGCUUCAUCAACUCACUGAACUGGAUAAGCAUAAGCUUUGCCUAAAACAACAGAUUGAGGAGAAGCACCUUAAGGAGGCAGAGGAGAGGGAGAAGCUACGCCUGGAGGAGGUGAAGGAGGAGAGGAGGCUGGCAGAGCAGAGGGCUCAAAUCAAGAGGGAGUUUGACGAGGAUCAGGAGAUCCGAAGACUCAAGGAGAUGAAGGUGCAAAGGGAGAUCUCGCCCCCCAUCCCCACCCUCCAGAAGAGACACAGGGCCCCCCAGUCCACCCCCAGUCCCCCCAGCAUGGACAGCAAACGCUCCACCACCCCCCUGUCUAAGGGCUCUCUUUCAGUACUCCAGUCCCAGACACCCUCUGUCCCAGCUGUUAGGAAGGAGCUGGGAGCUGCAGGUAACACAUCAUAG